UAUCAAAACAGUGCGUUUCGUUCACCGUUCCGAGCCACACGCUCGCUUGGCAAGCGCUCUCCAUAUAAUAAUUGUUUUACUAAUAAAGCCGAGAAAUAAAGUCGCGAACAUUUUGAUAGCGCUUUACCGCUGUGCCUUAUAUUAUUUUAUUAUUACAAAUAAAAGGUUUAACUCUAAUAAUAAGAGGAAAUUAUUUUUGUAAUGUGAAUGUGACGUGUUUAACGCGGACUCAGCGUCUCAUUGGAUUGUCUGAGAUUCGUCUGGGCGAAACCUAUUUCUAUGAUGAAGACGAAGUGCUCUGGCGGUGCACAGAAUGCCGAUCGCGCCGCGCGGCCCUCCGCCUUCGACGCCACCCUACCACCUGCUUCUCCGUAGGAGACCUAGCUUAACCCUCAAGUGUCCUUCGAUAAUAUAACGUCUAACUUUUUGUACGCCUCUUUUAUACCGACCUAUAAGUAUAAGUACGCAGUGUUUAAGUGUCGCGCGCAAGUGUGAGUGUAUAUGUGUGUCGAUGGUGCGGCCGACAUGGGAAAGUCCUCGGCGAGAACACAUGGCCAAGAGAAUGAACGGAGAAUCAAAGCGAACAACAGAGAAUACAACGCGCAGUUCCGCUACGCCAGCAACUUCAUCAAGACAUCGAAGUAUUCGAUCAUAACGUUCCUGCCGCUGAAUCUGUUGGAGCAGUUCCAGCGGCUGGCGAACUUCUACUUCUUGUGCCUGUUGGUGCUGCAGCUGAUCCCGGCCAUCUCGUCGCUCACACCUAUCACCACUGCGAUACCACUGAUCGGUGUACUUGCUCUCACUGCCGUCAAGGACGCGUACGACGAUUUUCAACGUCAUCAGAACGAUUCACAAGUAAACCACAGGCGGGCGAAGACUCUGCGCAAUGGCAAGCUUGUGGAGGAGAAGUGGGCGUCUGUUCAGGUGGGAGACGUCAUCAGGCUGGAGAACGACCAGUUCGUCGCGGCGGACAUUUUGCUCCUCAGCAGCUCGGAGCCCAACGGUCUCUGUUACAUAGAGACUGCCGAGUUGGAUGGGGAGACGAAUUUGAAAUGUCGUCAGUGCCUUUUAGAGACGGCUGCAAUGGGGCAGGACGACGCACAACUGGGUGCUUUCGACGGUGAGAUCGUCUGCGAAACGCCCAACAAUCUACUUAAUAAGUUUGAAGGUACGCUGAGCUGGCGCAACCAGCACUUCUCACUCGACAACGACAAGAUCCUGCUGCGUGGCUGCGUACUACGCAACACGCAGUGGUGUUAUGGCGUUGUCGUAUUCGCCGGGAAGGACACCAAACUCAUGCAGAACUCCGGCAAGACCAAAUUCAAGCGCACCAGCAUAGAUAGGCUACUUAAUUUUCUUAUUAUAGGGAUAGUAUUCUUCUUGCUGUCGAUGUGCGUGUUCUGCACGGUGGCGUGCGGCGUGUGGGAGUGGCUGGUGGGGCGCUACUUCCAGGUGUACCUGCCGUGGGACACGCUGGUGCCGGCCGAGCCCACCUGGGGCGCGCUCGUCAUCGCCCUGCUCGUCUUCUUCUCAUACGCCAUCGUCAUGAACACUGUCGUGCCUAUAUCGCUCUAUGUCUCUGUAGAGGUAAUAAGGUUUGCCCAGAGUUUCCUCAUAAACUGGGACGAGAAAAUGUAUUACGAAAAGACUGGUACCGCGGCAAAGGCGCGAACUACCACUUUAAAUGAGGAACUUGGCCAGAUCCAGUACAUAUUCUCAGAUAAAACGGGCACUCUCACGCAGAACAUAAUGACGUUCAAUAAGUGUUCGAUAGCGGGCGUUUGCUACGGAGACGUCGUGGACGAAACCACCGGUGAAACUAUAGACCUCGCCGAGGUACGUCAUCGACACCGCGGCGCGGGCGCAGGGGGCGGGGCCAGCGGGGGCGGGGCCGGCGGGGGCGGGGCGCGGGGCGCGGCGCGCGCGCGCCUGCUGGAGCUGGAGCAGGACGCCGGCCGCAGCACGCCCGGCGGCCGCCGCCCGCGCAGCUCGGAGCCUUUGGACUUCUCGUUUAACCCUGAAUACGAGCCGGAGUUCAAGUUCUUCGACAGCACACUCCUGGAUGCAGUGAAGAGGGGCGACAAGAAUGUCCACGACUUCUUUCGACUGCUCGCGCUGUGUCAUACGGUCAUGCCCGACCAGAAGAACGGCAGGCUGGAGUACCAGGCGCAGUCUCCCGACGAGUCUGCCCUGGUUUCAGCAGCAAGAAAUUUUGGUUUCGUGUUCAGAGAACGCUCGCCUAAUAGUAUUACAAUAGAAGUAAUGGGUAAAACAGAGGUGUAUGAAUUGUUAUGUAUAUUAGAUUUUAAUAAUGUUAGGAAAAGAAUGUCCGUGAUAUUGAGGAAGGAUGGUGAAAUUAGGUUAUAUACAAAAGGUGCUGAUAAUGUAAUAUAUGACAGAUUAAAAAAUGGAAAUCAAACAGAUGUAAAGUCAAAGACACAGGAACAUUUAAAUAAAUUCGCGGGCGAAGGUCUGCGCACGCUGGCGCUGGCGUGGCGUCCGCUGGAGGAGCGCGGGUUCGCCGAGUGGAAGCGGAGGCACCACGCCGCCGCGCUCGCGCUGCACGACCGGGACGAGCAGCUCGACGCCAUCUACGAGGAGAUCGAGACCGAUCUACUGCUCAUGGGCGUAACAGCAAUAGAAGACAAAUUACAAGACGGUGUACCAGAAACAAUAGCGAAUCUCAGUAUGGCCGGCAUCAAGGUGUGGGUCUUAACCGGCGAUAAACAAGAAACGGCGAUAAACAUCGGCUACUCGUGUCAGCUACUCACAGACGACAUGGCGGAGGUGUUCGUCAUAGACGGCGCCUCGUACGACGACGUCGACCGACAGCUCGCCAAGUGCAGGGACAGUAUACGAGUCGUCAACACGUUCAUGCCUCAUGGUUCAUCGGAGGCGAAGUCCCCGGGCGAGGCGAACGGCGGCGCGGGCGUGUCGCGCGCGUCCCCCGGGCGGGCCAACGUGAAGCUGAACGCGCCCGCCGUGUCCGUCGUGACCUUUAGGUGGGGACAAUACUCUCGCACUCACUGCAGUGAGCCAGACUGUUACAGCAACGAGUACGUGUCCGGUGGCGCCCCCUACUCGGCCGACUCGCACGAACACAACGACGACACCAACGGGUUCGCCAUCGUCAUCAACGGACACUCGCUCGUACACUGUCUGCAUCCUAAACUUGAGGAGAAAUUUUUAGAUGUAGUAUUGCAAUGUCGAUCAGUGAUCUGCUGUCGAGUGACGCCAUUGCAGAAAGCAAUGGUGGUAGAACUCAUCAAGAAGAGUCGGAAAGCCGUCACGUUAGCCAUCGGUGACGGCGCCAAUGACGUCUCUAUGAUCAAAGCGGCGCACAUAGGCGUGGGUAUAUCGGGGCAGGAGGGCAUGCAGGCGGUGUUGGCCUCCGACUACUCCAUCGCGCAGUUCCGGUUCCUGCAGCGACUACUGCUGGUCCACGGCCGGUGGUCCUACUACAGGAUGUGCAAGUUCCUGCGGUACUUCUUCUACAAGAACUUCGCGUUCACCGUCUGUCACUUCUGGUUCGCGUUUUUCUGCGGAUUUAGUGCGCAGACGGUGUUCGACGAGAUGUUCAUCUCUGUGUACAACUUGUUCUACACGUCGCUGCCGGUGCUGGCGCUGGGCGUGUUCGAGCAGGACGUGUCCGACACCACCUCGCUGCAGUUCCCCAAGCUGUACGCGCCCGGACACACCAGCCAACUCUUCAACAAGACCGAGUUCAUCAAGUCCACGCUGCACGGCUGCUUCACCUCGCUCGUCCUCUUCUUAAUACCUUAUGGUACAUACAAAGAUGGUUUGGCGCCGAAUGGUUUAAUUCUGUCAGAUCAUAUGUUACUAGGAACUGUAGUAGCAACAAUAUUAAUUAUAGACAAUACAACACAGAUAGCCUUGGAUACGACAUAUUGGACAGUGUUCAACCAUAUAACGAUAUGGGGAUCACUGGUGUCGUACUUCGUUCUAGAUUAUUUCUAUAACUACGCGAUCGGCGGCCCGUACGUGGGCUCGCUCACAGUCGCGCUCACACAGGCCACCUUCUGGUUCACCGCCGUCCUCACCAUGAUCAUCCUGAUGGUGCCGGUGGUGUCGUGGCGCCUGGCGUGUUCCUGGACGCGGCCGACGCUGGCGGAGCGGCUGCGGGCGCGCCAGCGCUGGCGGGCCGCCGCCCCCGCGCCGCGCACGCCGUCCGCGCGCCGCGCGCGCCGCUCCGUGCGCUCGGGGUACGCCUUCGCGCACCAGGAGGGCUUCGGCCGCCUCAUCACGUCGGGCAAGAUCAUGCGCCGCAUCCCGCACGCGGACGCGGCGCUGUCGGCGCUGGCGUCGCUGCCCGGCAAGUUCCACGCGCGGCCCGAGCCGCCGGCCAGCCCGGGCCCCGCGGCGCCGAGCCCCGCGGCCCCGGGCCCCUCGCCGCCGGGCCCCGCGCGGGCCCCGACGCAGAACCUGGCGACGGUGGACUUAUGAGUGCGCCCGGCGCCGCGCGCGCCCCCCAUUGUGAUAACGUCGGUAGAGUUAAACUUCGUAUUGUCCUACUAUUGCCUAUUGAAUUAUAUUUGUUGAUCGAGAUUAUAUAUUGAUAGAUAUUUAUCGCGGCCCGCGGAGGGUCGCUCGUGCGACUCCGUUGUUUUUUACUCGUGUCGUUUCGUUCGUUGAGUUUGUCGGUCCGGGCGUCCGGUCCCGGUGAAAUGUGCAUUUAGACGAGCCGUCGAUAUCGCCGGCAGUGAAAACGCGACAUGACUUGUAUUAUUAAUAUUAUUUUCAGAACGUUAUGUUAGUGCCAAAGGAGAAUAAACAACAGUUGAACUGUCUAUAAAUGUAUAGAAUAUUUAUGUCAGAAUGUAUAUCUUCUAUUCAAUCAAAAUGUUGUUGUUAUUAUAUUUUGCUAUAGUCAAAAUUCAACAAAUUAUAAUUAUUGUUUUGUCAACCUUUUAAUUGGUAAAAUAUCAACUCUGAUUAUGUACUUAGGACAUCUUACAUAAAAGUAUUAAUUUAAAAUAAAAUAUGAUGAAUCUACGUAAUUUAUGAAUCAAAAAGAUUGUAAAUUAUAAAACAUGUAGCGUUUUAACUGCAUGUGAAUAUUAUGAUCAACAUUUGCUUUGGAAUCAGUUUUUUAAUAAAAAAAAUAAUUCUUUAAACAA